AUGCUUGACGCGUUCGAGGUCAUUACGACCUCCGGAGUGGUACUAUGGUCGCGCCAGGGUUCUUCUGCCGGCGCAGGCCAAGCAGUCAACAGUCUCAUCAACGACAUCUUCAUAGCGGGGCCAUUCCGACCGAGUAAGGAUGCCGCCAGCAACGCCGCCUACAAGCAUGACAAGUAUACGCUCAGAUAUGCGCUUGUGCAGGACUUGGGUCUGAUGUUCGUGGCUGUGUACCAAUCUAUACUCCAUCUAACAUGGGUAGAUCAGUUGCUCAACGACAUCCAGGCGAUAUUCGUUACAGUAUACAAGGAUCAGCUGCAGAAGCCGAAUGCGACCGUCCUCAAAUACGACUUCGACUCGCUCUACGACAAGCAGCUGCAAAGACUAGACCAGAGCACCUCCGGCGCAGCAUCUGCUGAGCCUCCCAGAGCAUCCGAGCUGGAGGACAAAAGAUCAAGUCCGGAAGAGUCAGACAACGGGGGCCCUCCUCCUCCAUCCCAGCCUGGGCUACUCAGGGUGCAGUCUCGUACUGCAGCUGCACCCGGAGAAAUCUCCGAAACCGAAACACCUGUUGAGACACCAGAUACUUCGCGUCCUACCACUCCACUACCUCCGCACUUGCUGGCUGAGAAGCAGCGACCGGGCAGUCGAGGAUCCCGCCGAGCGAGAAAGGCUGCGAAUGCUGCAAAUGCUCCGCAGAGCAACAAUACGUCUGGCGAUGAGGCCAAGCGACCAGCUACACCGAGAACGAAAAGCAAGAAAGGACGCGUGUGGGGACCAGACGGCAUGGCUGGCGAGGACGACGGCGAUGCUACAAAUCUCGACUACUCCGUGCACGCUGAGAAUGACCUGGAAGGUACCAAGUCGCCCCCUCCAGAAGCCAUAGAUCAGCAGAGCUGGGGUAAAAAGACCAAGGAUGGACACUUUGUACUCAAAGACAUCGAUGACGAGAUUGACGAGAUCCUGCGAAAGGCAGAUCAAGAGAAGUCCGAUGCUGCGCAGAACGGAGCAAGCUCUCGAAUCAGUGCCAUCUCUGGCUACUUCAGAAAUAUAGUCGGUGGCAAAACCAUGUCAAAGGAGGAACUCGAUAAACCGCUUCGAGCAAUGGAGGAGCAUCUGAUGAAGAAGAACGUAGCACGAGAUGCUGCGUUGCGUCUGGGCCAGGGCGUGCAGUCGGAGAUGGUCGGGAAGAAGACUGGCGCUUUCGAAUCAGUGGACACAGCAUUGCGUCCUGCUCUGGAAAACUCUCUGCGUAAGAUAAUGACGCCCAGAUCUUCGCUGGAUCUACUUCAACAGAUCGAUGCCAUCACCAAGCCCUCGAGCUCACAGGUCAAGCCACGCCCUUUUGUGAUCACGAUUCUUGGAGUCAACGGCGUCGGAAAAUCCACAAAUCUGGCCAAGUUGUGCUACUUCUUGCUACAGAACAACUACAAGGUCAUGAUUGCGGCGGGCGAUACCUUCCGAGCUGGUGCAGUGGAACAGCUCAAAGUUCACGUUCGCAAUCUGAAAGAACUCACGGCUCGAGAACAGCUCGGAGGAGUCGACAUUUACGAGAAAGGCUAUGGAAAGGACGCAGCCAAUGUCGCCAAAGAUGCUAUCGCAUUUGCCGCAUCGAAUGGCUAUGAUGUCGUUCUCGUCGAUACUGCUGGCAGGGCGCACACUAAUAUACAACUGAUGUCGGCUCUCGAGAAGCUCAUCGAUCUAUCGAAGCCUGAUCUUAUCUUGCAAGUAGCUGAGGCUCUCGUUGGCAACGAUUCUGUCGGACAGGCUCAGAACUUCACCAAAGCCUUGGGUAAAGGUCGGAAGCUCGAUGGAUUCAUAGUGUCGAAGAUGGACACCGUGGAUGACUCAUGCGGCACACUCGUCAGUCUGGUCCACGCUACCGGGGUGCCCGUACAUUUCAUUGGCGUUGGUCAGCACUAUGGCGAUCUCAGGACUUUGUCGGUGCCGUGGGCUGUGAAUUUAUUGAUGAAGUGA